AUGAGCACGCGCCAGUUCGCAUACGGCGCUGUCGCCGCACUCUGUAUCCUCAGCCUUACCUGGUACACCCUCAAGCCAGGCGCUGAAUGGACGAAAAGCGUCUCGUUCGCAGAUGGAGAAGUGGUACUGGACCCCAGUGGAAUUGACUUCUCUGGGAAGGUGGACUUUGGGAAGUACCGAUAUAGGGACAUCAUCCCGGUUGAGGAGCUGCAUCUCGAGGAUCCAACGCGACGGGUCAUCAUCGUUGGCGAUAUACAUGGGAUGUGGAAGCCCUUCCAAGAGCUGAUGAACAAAGUCGACUACAACUCGGAGAAGGAUAUACUCUUCCAUGUCGGCGACGUCAUCGCGAAAGGCACCGACUCUGACAAGGUACUCAAGUGGCUCAUAGACCAUAACAUACGAGGUGUCCGGGGUAAUCACGACCAGAAAGUGAUUGGCUGGCGAAUCUGGCAGGAUUGGGUGGAAGCCGUGCCUGGGGGCAAACAAUGGCUUAAGCGCGUGGAGAAGUUCACCCACUCGGAGUUUACGAGCCAGCAAGUGAAGCACAAAGAGUCCAAAGCGGAUAAAAUGCACCGUAAACAGUUCGCAUUCCCAGACGACCGAGACUGGGUCUGGUCGAGCGAGCACUACGGGAUUGCGCGCAAGCUCACGCACGAGCAGUAUGAGUACUUGCUUAACCUGCCGUUGACGAUCUCGUUCCCUGGGAUGAAGACGCACCUCGUACAUGCGGGGAUAUUGCCCCAUCAGCUGAAAGAGGAGAAGCCAGACCCAUGGAGCUUACUUAACAUGCGCUCGGUGCUUUCCUCCGGCGCUGUCUCGAGGAAGUUUGAUGGCACUCCGUGGACGGAGCUGUUUAACCACUACCAGCAGAGUGGGGAGGACGCGAAGAAGGAAGACAGGGAAGCAGUCGUCUUUGGACACGCGGCAAAGCUCGGACUGCAGGUGGAAAGGUGGACCUUGGGACUAGACACCGGAUGCGUGUAUGGAAGGGAGCUCACGGCAGUGGUCAUCAACGGAGGAGAUGUAGACGCAGUGGAUGUGAAUGAUACUGGUCAUGGAAGGAAGGUGCACGUUGGGAAUACCACGGGAAGGCUCUGGAACGUCGAUUGCAAAGCCCCAUAGGCUUACUUACGAACGCAAACACGCAUAUUGGACGAGUUGACAUGUACGUUAC